GGCGUAUUUAAUCUGCGACAAACGACACAACAGUUGACUGCAGAUUGACGAGGAAAACAGCAUCUAUCGACUCGUUUUAACUCAACGCAGAAGGAGUUAGAGCCUCCAAAUAACGUAUUUGUUUUUGUUUCUGCAGUCGACCGGAGGUUAGACACAGAGAUGUCCCUGGCGGACGAGCUCCUGGCUGACCUGGAGGAGGCUGGAGAUGAAGGGGAGGACGGGCUGUAUCCAGAGGGAGAGGAGGGGGAGAGUGAUGGAGAGGCAACACAGGGAAGGCCAGAGGGAGGGCUGGAGGACAUCCCAGAGGAGAUGGAGGUGGACUACAGUAAAGCUGAGAGUGUUGCAUCCAUUGCCAAGCUCCGCAAUAGCAAACAGUUUUCAGAGAUUAUGGACAAAAUUUCCGCAUAUUCUGGAAAGCAGCGCAAGAACUCUGAGGUCUCAGGUCCUGUUGAGGCGGACCCAGAAUACAGACUGAUCGUAGCAGCCAACAACCUCACAGUAGAGAUUGACAAUGAGCUCAAUAUCAUUCACAAGUUUACACGGGACAAGUACUCCAAGAGGUUCCCAGAGCUCGAGUCUCUGGUGCCAGAUUCUCUUGAUUACAUCCGCACAGUCAAGGAAUUGGGAAACAAUCUGGAGAAGUGCAAGAACAAUGAAACCUUGCAGCAAAUCCUCACCAACGCCACAAUUAUGGUCGUCAGCGUCACAGCCUCGACCACACAAGGGUCACAGCUAAGUGAUGAUGAACUGAAGCAGCUGGAGGAGGCUUGUGACAUGGCUCUGGAGCUGAACCAGUCUAAACACAGGAUAUAUGAAUAUGUUGAAUCCAGAAUGUCCUUCAUCGCCCCAAACCUGUCCAUCAUCGUUGGAGCGUCGACAGCAGCCAAGAUCAUGGGUAUCGCUGGUGGCCUCACAAACCUCUCAAAGAUGCCCGCCUGUAACCUGAUGCUGCUGGGAGCUCAAAGAAGAACCCUGUCUGGCUUCAGCAUGACGUCCCUGCUACCCCACACAGGCUACAUCUAUCACUGUGAUGUUGUGCAGUCACUACCACCUGACCUCAGGAGAAAGGCUGCUCGUCUGGUCGCUGCAAAGUGCACUCUGGCCAGCCGAGUGGACAGUUUCCAUGAGAGUUCAGACGGCAAGGUUGGUUACGAUCUAAAAGAAGAAAUUGAGAGGAAGUUUGAUAAAUGGCAGGAGCCUCCACCGGUGAAGCAGGUCAAACCGCUGCCAGCCCCGCUGGAUGGACAGAGAAAGAAGAGAGGAGGAAGAAGGUAUCGAAAGAUGAAGGAGCGUCUCGGGCUGACUGAGAUCAGGAAACAUGCCAACAGGAUGACAUUCGCAGAGAUUGAAGACGAUGCCUACCAGGAGGAUCUGGGCUUCAGUCUGGGUCAGCUGGGGAAGAGCGGCAGCGGGCGAGUCAGGCAGGCUCAGGUCAACGAGGCCACCAAGGCCAGAAUCUCCAAAUCCCUCCAGAGGACGUUGCAGAAGCAGAGCAUGACAUACGGAGGAAAGUCCACAGUCAGAGACCGCUCCUCAGGAACCAGCUCCAGUGUAGCCUUCACUCCUCUACAGGGGUUGGAGAUCGUGAACCCACAGGCAGCAGAGAAAAAGGUGGCUGAGGCCAACCAGAAAUACUUCUCUAACAUGGCGGAGUUCCUCAAAGUCAAGAAGGAAUCCAAGAUGUGAACACACACACAGACACACACACACCAUCCCGCACAGGGACAGCUGCACUCAACACUGCACCAAUAGUAUAUUUUUAAAUUCGUCCGACAUCAUGCUGUCGUGUAUUUUGUUUUGACUUUGAUUUCUCCAUUUUAAUAAAAUAUGUGA